GUGUUGUGGUGGGGCGGGUGCUGUGAUGGUGGGGGUAUUUCACCGAUAGAUUAGUACCGAAGUGUAUUUUUGUCUGUGUGUGUAUUUGUAUAUAUCAAGGACGAAGAUUUUUAUGCGCAAUACAAAUGGCUGUAUAAAUUAAGCGUGGAAAGUUGUUGACUGAUCGUUAGAAGCUGGAGGAAGACACGGAUGUUAUGCUGCACCAACUAAAAGGAAUAACCGAUUGUAUAAGUGUGUAAACACUCGCCAGUGCAACUUCUCGUCGUGUGGUCAGUCAGUGAAGUAAGUGUGUUAGCAGGAGUCUGUGCUGGUGGUGACGGUGCAGUGGGUCGGUGUGUUUGCUUAACCUUGGCGUCGCGUCGCCUGGCUAAGGUAAAACGCCUGCCGUUAACCAUCUUUUAGGAAGAAUUAGUGAUCUUGAAAGUCUUGUCUAUUUUCAGUAUUAUUUACGAGUACGCGCAGUUUAUUAGUGACGCAUGCCCGUGUAAUAUAUUAAAUACUGUGAUGCUUUGAGCGAUAUAGAUGCGACCCUUAAGCCAAAAGGAUCCCAUUGACAUGUAUUAAAGUUUAAGCAAGAAACUGUGUAUGAACUACGAGACUGAGAACCAACAAAUCAGGGUCCCGUUAGUGACCAGCCAUACAUGCCAGUUAAGAAAUUGCUGGAGGCAUAUUGUUGUCGUUCUCGAUUAAGAUAAGAGUGAGCAGUACAGUUCCUCGCUCAGUUUACAUAUUGUGAAUAAAUAACUCUUGGAUAAGCCAGACGCUUCGACAAGGUCACAACAGCGUCAACAAGGAUUUUGCUGUGGUACCUGGUGCGUCAUAGGCAUUGGUGCCCCCUUCACCAUGGUGACCAUUGCCACCAGCACAAGCACCAGCACCACCAGCAUCAACAGCAUCAACAGCAUCAGCCCCACUGCACCCAAGGACCAUGAACCUGAAGUAGAGUUCACAGAAAGCGGAGGGAUAACCACCUCCGUGGAGAGCUCCACCGAGGAAAACUUGCAGCUGAAGAAGGAGUUGGGGCUGAUGGACGGUGUGGGCAUCAUCGUUGGCAUCAUCAUCGGCUCGGGUAUCUUCGUCUCUCCCAAGGGUGUCGUCCAGUUCACUGGUAGCGUGGGCAUGUCUCUGGUGGUCUGGGGAAUGUCAGGGCUCUUGUCUACGGUGGGCGCCCUCUGCUACUGCGAACUGGGCACGAUGAUCCCGAGGAGUGGCGGGGACUACGCUUACAUCAUGGAGGGUUUCGGGUCUCUUCCAGCGUUCCUGUAUAUGUGGAUGGCGCUGGUGAUCAUCCUGCCAACCAGUAACACCGUCAUGGCUCUCACCUUCGCCAACUACAUCAUCAAGCCCGCCUUCGACACCUGUAACGUCCUCCCAGAUGUCCCCGUCAAGCUCCUCGCUGCUGUGGUUGUUUGUGUCCUGACAUGGGUGAACUGCACCAACGUGAAGUGGGCGACCAAUGUACAAGGUGUGUUUACAGCAGCCAAGAUCUUCGCUUUAUUGUUGAUCAUUGGUGCCGGCGUCUACCACCUGGCCACGGGGAACACAGAGAACUUCCAAAACGCCUUCCAGAGGACUAAUUGGAGCACUACUUCCAUAUCCACUGCUUUCUAUCAGGGCCUGUUCUCUUUUUCCGGAUGGAAUAGUCUCAACUUUGUGGUGGAGGAGCUGAAGGAUCCCUUUAAGACUUUGCCUCGAGCCAUUCUCAUCUCGAUGCCCAUAGUGACUAUUAUCUACUUCCUCACUAAUAUGGCCUACUUCUCCGUCCUCGAUCCAGAUGAAAUUAUGUCCUCGAACGCUGUGGCCUUGUCGUUCGCUGGUCGUAUGCUGGGCAUGGUGAGUUAUGUGAUGCCUGUAUUUGUCGCUCUAUCAACUUUUGGAAGUCUCAAUGGUUGCAUAUUCGCUUGUUCAAGGCUCUUCUUCGUGGGUGCUCGUGAGGGACAUCUACCGCAGGCCUUAGCUCUUAUCAACGUCAAAACGUUCACGCCCAUGCCAGCCCUCAUCUUCCUUGGGUUCAUGACACUGUGUAUGCUGGUCACGUCGGACACGCUAUCACUCAUCAACUAUGUUAGCUUCUCUGAGUCGCUUUUCGUCCUUAUGUCCAUCGCAUCGCUUCUCUGGUUACGCUACCGCCAACCUGACCGCCACAGACCCAUCAAGGUAUGGCUAUGGGUAGUCCUGUUAUUCUUCCUGGUGUGUGUGUUUCUAGUGGUGUUUCCCAUCAUCGAGAGACCCGUGGAGCUGGGCGUGGCGAUCGGGGUCUUCCUGACUGGCAUCCCCAUCUACUUCCUGUGUGUUCAUCAGGCGUCGAAGUCCGAGAAGUUAUCUGCGUUCAUGGGGAACGUCACUUCCGUCUGCCAGCUGCUGUGCCACGGACUUCCGGAGGAGAAGCAAGACUAAAUGUCUGCCUGCCAGUCACACACUCUUCACAUGGAUUCAAAACGAUGCCAAAAGAUGAGACAAGAGAAGCAAGAAAAGCAUGUUGAUUGAUUAAACAGUCUCGUGUCGAAGUCUGAGUCAGAGUCCCCUUAGAAUAACGAUAUGCACAGAAGGUAUCACCUCCCUGUAACACAUCUGACAGGAUAGCCACCAUCAACAUAAUUAUUAAGUAGCGAAUUCAAUAUUGAUAUUACAAUCCGGGUUGACUCUGACGUGUGUGUGUGUGUGUGUGUGUGUGUGUGUGUGUGGCGUGGUUUCGAACUAGCGUACUCAGAACCUACGCCUUAUGACAACUGUAGGUAGAGUCUUGUCACUGGUUGUUGCAAAUAAGACUAUACUGUAUAUGGGUAUAUUGGUAUAGGAUAUAGGUACUUAUCUUGAACAUAUAAAUAUGUUAUCAGCUAAGGGUUGUAUAAUUAGGUUCUCAAGAGUAAUAAGAGUCAGUUCCGUGACGUUAAUGUUUAAUUGCUAUAUAAUUAUUUUGUACUCGCCUGAUGUCUUGAGGUCCUUUGGGUACCUUCUCACCUCACCUGGACGACUUACCUGUGGCUAUGUCACAGCGUGGGUUAUCUGUUGUAUUUAGGUUGGCUUUAAGUGACAAGGAGACGUAUUAUUUUUGUGAUAUGUAAUUAUAUACUGUAUAUAACUACUGUUAAGAUUAUAUAAUAUUAUUUUUUGGAAAUCAAACCCAAUUUAAAAAGCAAAAAAAGACAAAAAUAUAUUCCUAAUUUGAUUUUCCCAAGUUGACCAAACUGACGUGAUUGUGAAUGUUUCCGUGUUAAAUAUUCGGUCUCUGUUUAAUAUUCUUGUAACAAAGGAACAGAAAACAUAAACCUAAUGACAGUAAACACGUCAAACUUCUCACUGAGUUAGAUAAUGAUAAGAACGCAUUUUGUUGUGUUCAUUAAGUGUUACAUACUGUUGUUGUAUCUAGUUUAUUUACAUUAUAUUCCAUGUCAAGACACCCUAAGACAUCCUAAUGUAAAUAAAAAUACAUAAAAA